UAGCAGUUCAGUUCCACCAGGAAAUUCAACAAAUCCAAAAUGCUGAUCUACUAUAUUUAUAGUGUGCUUGAAGCCAUUUCGUAUGCGAUCUACACAACAGUGGCCACCAUUUCGAGCAUUGAACAGGCCCUAAUCAACCUGAUGAUGUCCACAUUUCUGUUUGUGCUUGGGAUAGCGUGUCACCCGGUAAUGGUGAUUCCCCUGAUGCUGGGAGGCUACUAUAUUCUACGCAACUGUUUGAAUCGUCGGACCAAGGCGCCAAGGCUGCAGAGUUCCGUGGAUGGCGAUGCCGGACUGAUCACGGCAGGACCACGUAAAGUGCCACGUUUUCCCUCUCAUCGCAGCCUCGCUCUCGGCGUUGACGCUCCCAAGGACAACUAAAAAUGAGGAUAUUCUUGGGUACAUACGAGUAGUCUCCUAACUUACAGACGUUAACAAAUACAAAAGUGGGCGCUCCCAAAACUUGGCUACAUACAAAUGCUGCGGAUAUUUUAUUGUUAUUCGGUUUUCUCUUUUGAUAUCCUUGGCAUUGAUAACUAUUGUUCUAUGACUAUGACUAUUGUUUAUGGUGAAGUUAUUAACGCUAUGAAUACUGUACUAUGAAUCACGGUUUUAGC